GUGGCCUCGAAAAGCUUUUCUGAAGCCAUUACUUUAAUGUCUUAUAGAGCUCUGUUCUUAGAAAACAUGAGAGCCGUGAAUUAUUCUCCGACCCCCACAACGAAAGUGGUCUCGUCCAUAUAAAUAUUCUAGCGAGCGCUUCCGGCGCGCAAGCCCACUUGGAAUCACAUGGUGGCUCCUGGGUUAGGGCUCAUAGGUGUUCUCCAGGGGUGACUGGAAUCUCUUGGUGCUGGAACUCACAGUAGACCUAGAAGAUGUUAGGCUCCAAGAACGUGCCCUGGCGCCGGCUACAGGGCAUUUCCUUCGGGAUGUAUUCGGCUGAAGAGCUCAAGAAAUUAAGUGUGAAAUCUAUUACAAAUCCUCGCUAUGUGGACAGCCUGGGGAACCCCUCGGCCAAUGGCCUGUACGAUUUAGCCUUGGGCCCUGCAGAUUCCAAAGAAGUAUGUGCCACUUGCGUGCAGGACUUCAACAACUGCUCCGGGCACCUGGGCCACAUUGAGCUGCCCCUCACUGUGUACAACCCGCUCCUCUUCGACAAACUCUACCUGCUGCUCCGGGGCUCUUGUUUAAACUGCCACAUGCUGACUUGUCCCCGGGCCGUGAUCCACCUCUUGUUCUGCCAGCUGAGGGUUCUGGAAGUCGGGGCCCUGCAAGCCGUCUUCGAGCUCGAGCGGAUUCUGAACAGGUUUCUGGAAGAAAAUGCUGAUCCUUCUGCCUUCGAAAUUCAGGAAGAGUUAGAAAAGUACACAGCCGAAAUAGUACAGAACAACCUGCUGGGGUCCCAGGGUGCGCAUGUGAAAAAUGUGUGUGAGAGCCGGAGCAAACUCAUUGCUUAUUUCUGGAAGACACAUAUGACUGCCAAGCGAUGUCCCCAUUGCAAGACUGGGCGGUCAGUUGUCCGAAAGGAGCACAACAGCAAGUUGACGAUCACGUAUCCUGCCAUUGUGCACAAGAAAGCUGGGCAACAGGACUCGGAGUCGCUGGGAAUUGAGGAAUCACAGAUGGGAAAACGAGGGUACCUAACACCAAACAGUGCGCGAGAACAUCUUUUUGCCAUUUGGAAGAAUGAAGGAUUCUUUCUGAAUUACCUCUUUUCUGGACUGGAUGAUGUUGGCACGGAGUCCGGAUUCAACCCCGCUGUGUUCUUCCUGGAUUUCAUGGUUGUACCACCUUCAAGGUAUCGCCCUGUCAAUCGCCUGGGGGACCAGAUGUUUACCAAUGGCCAGACAGUGAAUCUGCAGGCUGUCAUGAAGGAUGUAGUUCUGAUCCGAAAGCUUCUGGCACUGAUGGCGCAGGAGCAGAAGCUGCCAUGUGAGGUGGCACUACCCGUCACAGAAGAGGAUAAAGAUACUUCAGUUGCUGUGGAUCGAUCCUUUUUAAGCGCACUUCCGGGCCAGUCCCUCACAGACAAACUUUACAACAUUUGGAUUCGCCUUCAGAGCCACGUCAAUAUCGUGUUUGACAGUGAGAUGGAUAAAUUAAUGAUGGAAAAGUACCCCGGCAUUAGACAGAUUCUGGAGAAGAAGGAAGGCCUGUUCCGCAAGCACAUGAUGGGAAAGCGAGUGGACUACGCGGCUCGUUCAGUCAUCUGCCCAGACAUGUACAUCAACACCAACGAAAUCGGAAUUCCCAUGGUGUUUGCCACAAAACUGACCUACCCUCAGCCGGUGACUCCCUGGAACGUGCAGGAAUUGAGGCAAGCAGUCAUCAAUGGCCCCAACGUGCACCCAGGGGCCUCCAUGGUCAUCAACGAGGAUGGCAGUCGCACAGCCCUAAGUGCGACGGACGUGACCCAGCGAGAGGCUGUGGCCAAGCAGCUCCUGACACCAGCUACAGGGGCACCCAAGCCCCAGGGGACAAAAAUCGUGUGCCGGCACGUGAAGAAUGGGGACAUUCUCCUACUGAAUCGGCAGCCCACCUUGCACAGACCCUCCAUCCAGGCCCACCGCGCCCGCAUCCUGCCUGAAGAGAAAGUCCUACGGCUCCACUAUGCCAACUGUAAGGCCUACAAUGCUGACUUUGAUGGAGACGAGAUGAAUGCCCACUUCCCCCAGAGUGAGCUGGGCCGGGCCGAGGCCUGCGUCCUGGCCUGCACUGAUCAGCAGUACCUUGUUCCCAAGGAUGGCCAGCCAUUGGCAGGACUGAUCCAGGAUCACAUGGUUUCAGGUGCAAACAUGACGAUUCGGGGUUGUUUUUUCACCCGGGAACAAUAUAUGGAGCUGGUGUACCGAGGACUCACAGACAAAGUGGGGCGUGUGAAGCUCUUGCCUCCAGCCAUUCUGAAACCCUUUCCACUGUGGACAGGAAAGCAGGUUGUUUCGACGCUGCUCAUAAAUAUAAUCCCAGAGGACCACAUCCCACUGAACUUAUCUGGGAAGGCAAAGAUCAGCGGGAAAGCCUGGGUUAAGGAAACUCCUCGACCUGUUCCCAAUUUUGACCCCAACUCGAUGUGUGAGUCCCAGGUGAUCAUCAAGGAAGGGGAGCUGCUCUGCGGAGUGCUGGACAAGGCACACUACGGGAGCUCUGCCUUCGGCCUGGUGCACUGCUGCUAUGAGAUCUACGGGGGCGAGACCAGCGGCAAGGUCCUCACCUGCCUGGCUCGCCUCUUUACCGCCUACCUGCAGCUCUACAGGGGCUUCACCUUGGGUGUGGAAGAUAUUUUGGUUAAGCCGAAGGCAGACGUCAGGAGACACAGGAUCAUUGAAGAAUCCACCCAGUGUGGGUCCCGGGCCGUCAGGGCUGCACUCAACCUGCCAGAAGCCGCGUCGUGCGAUGAGAUCCGAGAGAAAUGGCAGGAUGCCCAUCUGGGCAAGGACCAGAGGGACUUUAACAUGAUUGAUCUGAAGUUCAAGGAGGAAGUGAACCAUUACAGCAAUGAGAUUAACAAGGCAUGCAUGCCUUUUGGCCUGCACAGACAGUUCCCCGAGAACAACUUGCAGAUGAUGGUGCAAUCGGGAGCCAAAGGGUCGACUGUGAACACGAUGCAGAUCUCAUGCCUGCUGGGCCAGAUCGAAUUGGAAGGUCGGAGACCUCCGCUGAUGGCAUCUGGCAAGUCACUGCCCUGCUUCGAGCCUUACGAGUUCACCCCCAGAGCUGGCGGCUUUGUCACCGGGAGAUUCCUCACUGGCAUCAAGCCUCCCGAGUUCUUCUUUCACUGCAUGGCGGGGCGAGAGGGCCUGGUCGACACCGCUGUGAAAACCAGCCGCUCCGGCUAUCUCCAAAGGUGCAUCAUCAAGCACCUGGAAGGGCUGGUCGUCCAGUAUGACCUGACGGUGCGCGACAGCGACGGCAGCGUGGUGCAGUUCCUGUACGGGGAGGACGGCCUGGACAUCCCCAAGACGCAGUUCCUGCAGCCCAAGCAGUUCCCCUUCCUGGCCAGCAACUAUGAGGUCAUAACGAAAUCGAAGCAUCUCCAUGAAGUUUUAGCCAAAGCAGAUCCUAAGAAAGCUCUGCGCCACUUCCGAGCCAUCAAAAAAUGGCAAAGCAAGCAUUCCGGCCCCCUGCUGAGGACCGGUGCCUUCCUGCGCUACUCUCAGAAAAUCCAGGCGGCCGUGAAAGCCCAGAACCUCGAGGGCAAGAACCAGAACGGCCGCAGCCCGGAGACUCAGCAGAUGUUGCAGAUGUGGUAUGAGUUGGAUGAGCAGAGCCGAAGGAAAUACCAGAAGAAAGCAGCCCCUUGUCCUGACCCCAGCCUGUCAGUCUGGCGCCCAGACAUCUACUUGGGGUCUGUGUCCGAAACAUUUGAAAAAAAGGUUGAUGACUACAGUCAGGAGUGGGCAGCUCAAGCAGAGACAAGUUAUGAGAAAUCGGAGCUUUCUCUGGACAGGUUGAGGACCCUGCUGCAGCUGAAGUGGCAGCGCUCCCUGUGCGACCCGGGCGAGGCCGUGGGCCUGCUGGCUGCCCAGAGCAUCGGAGAGCCCUCCACACAGAUGACCCUGAACACUUUCCACUUUGCUGGCAGAGGCGAGAUGAACGUCACGCUGGGCAUUCCAAGGCUGAGGGAGAUUCUUAUGGUGGCCAGCGCCAACAUCAAGACGCCCAUGAUGAGCGUGCCGGUGCUCAACACCAAGAAAGCCCUGAAGAGAGUGAAAAGCCUGAAGAAGCAGCUCACCAGGGUGUGCUUAGGGGAGGUAUUGCAAAAAGUUGACGUCCAGGAGUCCUUCUGUAUGGGAGAAAAACAGAACAAAUUCCGGGUGUACGAGGUGCGGUUUCAGUUCCUGCCACACGCUUAUUACCAGCAGGAGAAGUGCCUGCGACCUGACGACAUCCUGCACUUCAUGGAAACAAGGUUCUUUAAACUUCUGAUGGAAUCCAUCAAAAAGAAGAAUAGCAAAGCCUCAGCUUUCAGAAGCGUGAACACUCGGAGAGCGACACAGCGGGAUCUAGAUGACUCUGAGGAGUCGGGGAGGAAUCGGGGAGAGCAGGAAGGUGAUGAGGAAGAGGACGGGCACAUCGUGGAUGCUGAAGCUGAGGAGGGGGACGCGGACGCGUCUGACGCCAAACGCAGGAAGAAGCAGGAGGAGGAGGUCGAUUAUGAGAGUGAAGAAGAGGAGGAGAAGGAGGCAGAAGAGAAUGAAGACGAGGAUGCGCAGGAGGAAGGGAAUUUCCAGAGUGAAGGCGCCCACAAGGCACAGGAGCCAGACAACGAUGAGGUGGGCUCCGGUGCUGAGGACGACUCGCCCCAGAAAACCCCCCACAGCCAGGAGCCCCGGGGAGCCGAGUCCGUGGAGCGCCGGGUGCAGGCCGUGCGAGAGGCCCACGCGUUCGUAGAGGACUACCAGUACGACACCGAGGAGAGCCUGUGGUGCCAGGUGACCCUGAAGCUUCCUCUGAUGAAGAUUAACUUUGACAUGAGCUCCCUGGUGGUGUCCUUGGCCCACAGCGCCGUGGUCUACACAACCAAGGGCAUCACUCGGUGCCUCCUGAACGAAACGACCAACAGGAAGAAUGAGAAGGAGCUCGUGCUAAGCACAGAAGGGAUCAACCUGCCAGAGCUGUUCAAGUACGCAGAGAUUCUGGAUCUGCGCCGCCUCUAUUCCAAUGACAUCCAUGCCAUGGCCAACACGUACGGCAUCGAGGCCGCGCUCCGUGUGAUCGAGAAGGAGAUCAAGGACGUGUUUGCCGUGUACGGCAUUGCGGUCGACCCUCGCCACCUCUCCCUGGUGGCCGACUACAUGUGCUUCGAGGGUGUGUACAAGCCCCUGAAUCGCUUCGGGAUCCGGUCAAACUCCUCUCCUCUGCAGCAGAUGACUUUCGAGACAAGCUUCCAGUUUCUGAAGCAGGCCACCAUGAUGGGAUCCCAUGACGAGCUGAGGUCCCCUUCAGCCUGCCUUGUGGUCGGGAAGGUCGUCAAGGGCGGCACGGGCCUAUUCGAACUCAAGCAGCCCCUGAGAUAGCCACCGCCAUGGCCCCGUCUGCUCGGCCUGCAGGACCCGGGUGUGGACGCCGCCAGCCUGGCCUCAGCUCCAGAGGACCAGGAGACAUGAACCAUGGGCACUUCCAAAUGACAGGGCAGAGCACGGCAGUGACUGGGCUCCUCUGGCCUGGGCUGGCUUCCCCAGGAAGUGACGGCAUUGCUCAUCUCUGCCCCUCGUGUCUCAGGAUUAUUAACAAGGAUCUCCAAGUCCCCUCCGAGGUGGCCGGGGCUUCCCCUGUGCUGCAAAUUUUGUCUCUGUGGCAAAAUCGCGAAGGCCUGGGGCUGUUCACCGGGAAGAAGAAAGGGAGCAAUGCUUCACUGUUGGGGACCCCUCGCACCCCAGCGGAGGGAAGCAAGGCCUCAUUGCUGUGAGCAGCCGGUGCUGGCAGCAGGCUUCCGGGGGCUCCUGAUGAGGAGGAUGGCACACAGCCUGCUGUCCUGCGGCCUGUUCGUCCCAACCGCAUCUGUCCCUGGAGCAGAGUCCCCACCCAAGGCUUCUCUCCUGAGCUGCGUGUGUGAUGGCACAACCCUCCACCUCCCCAGUUUCUGGCCCUGGGGCAGGGUCCUGGCCCUGCUGCCCUGUGCCUGAGCUUCCCUGCCCCUGGAGGCUCUUUCGAGGGGCCCCAGCAGCUCACUGCCACCCAGAAAACCCUGGGCACCACUGGGACCGCUGCGUGCCUGACUGCCCCUGGCUCUGCCCGCAGUUCAGUAUCAAGGUCUGUGUUCCUCCCCAUAAGCCCUACCCUGUGUGGGGUGGCCAGGGCUCCCUGCACCAGUUGCCCCGGCGUGGACAGAAAAGCAGAGAAGACUUGUACAGAGGCUCUGUGAAGCCAGAGGCUGCUGCUGUUUCUGUCUGAUGUUACUCCUGCUCAGGCUUAGUGAUAAACACUGCUGGAGCUAACUGCUGAGAGUCAGGACUUGGGUUUUGUUAGCUUUUUCCCCCUGGUUUGCAGUUUCUGCCAUCCCGUUUCCCAUGGUGGCUACACCAUUUACUUUCCUACCAACAGUGCACGAGGACUCGGAUUCCUCUCUCCUGGGUCUUUUUUCUUUUUUUUCUCCCACAAUAGCCAUCCUAAUGGGUAUGAAGCGGUACCUUGUGGUUUGAUUGGGGCUGUGUUUUAAUUGCGUGUUAGGGCCCUUACAUAGCCUGCACCUGCCGAGACUCAGGAACCACUUGGCCAUUGCUUACCAAUCUUAAUGUUUUUGAGUUUGCAAUUGAGUUGGGUUCUCUGAGAGUCUGGAAACAGGAAAGUCUGGCCCUUAAAGUCUGCGCUUAGGUGGAUUUAUCCAUCAGUGAGUCGCCCUCUUUGGAGAGGCAGUCCCAUCCUGGAGGUAACAGGCUGGACCUACUGCCAGCCUCUCGAUCCCGGUGCAAUCUUACUUGAACCUCAGUCACCAGAACAGCUGCAUUGAGCAACAUCAGAUGUUCCCGUGCCAUCCACCACCACCCACUUUUUCCCAAGUCUGCUCAGAACAGGGGCUGUGCUUGAGCCCCUGCCACCCAUAGGGGUGACAUGGAUGGGAUUCUGGGCUCUGUUGCAGCCAUUUGGGGAGUGAACCAGCAGAUGGAAGGUCUCACUCUGACUCCCCCCUCUGUGUCACUCUGCCUUUCCGAUAAAUAAAUCUUAAAAAAACA